AUGGAUUUAAUACGUGCUGUCUCAACAAACUCAUACGAUCGGGGGGAUCUCUCUUUCAUUAUCAUUUCUGGAGCGAUGGUCUCUUUUAUGAUACCUGGGCUGGCCUUUCUUUAUUCCGGCCUGUCCCGGCGCAAAAGUGCUCUUUCACUGAUAUGGGCUGUAUCGGCAAGUAACGCUGUCGUCGUCUUCCAGUGGUUCCUUUGGGGUUAUUCCUUGGGUUUUUCACCCACAGCCACCAGUGGUUUUGUUGGAAACCUAAGAAAUUUCGGCCUCAUGAAAGUAUUGGGAGAACCAUCUCCAGGAACACCGCUGCUCCCCGACAUCCUAUACAGUUUUUUUCAGAUGGAGUUUGCUUGCGUCACGGCAGGCAUUUUAGUAGGGGGCGUCGCUGAGCGUGGCAGAGUCAUGCCUGCAAUGGUCUUCAUUUUUAUAUGGAUGACCCUCGUAUAUUGUCCUCUAGUCUGUUGGGUAUGGAGCGCUAAUGGGUGGGCCGCUAAGUGGGGUGUUCUCGAUUUCGCAGGCGGAGGUCCAGUCGAGAUUGGCAGUGGUAUGGGUGGCCUUGCGUACUCGUGGGUUCUUGGCCGAAGACAAAAGCGGGAAUUAAUCAAUUUCCGACCUCAUAACGUUUCGUUGGUUGGACUUGGCACUUCGUUGCUAUGGUUUGGGUGGAUCGGCUUCAACGGAGGUAGCGCCUUCGGAGCAAACCUCCGCGCCAUUUUCGCAGUUUGGAAUUCGAUGAUAGCCGCCGCCUUUGGAGGGAUCGUCUGGUGUUUGCUGGAUUACCGAAUCAACCGGCGCUGGAGUAUGGUGGGCCUUUGCUCUGGAACUAUUGCCGGUCUGGUGGCAGCAACCCCGUCUUCGGGUUAUCUGCAUCCAUGGGCGUCUGUCAUCGUCGGCGUCGUAUCUGGAGUUUUGUGUAAUUUUGCAACGAAAUUGAAAUUUCUGUUCCAUGUCGAUGACGCAUUGGACCUUUUCGCUGAACACGCCAUAGGUGGAAUUAUUGGACUCCUGUUCAACUCUUUCUUCGCCUCUUCAACGAUCAUGGCAAUGGACGGCGUGACCACCGCCGUUCCCGACGAAUGGGUAAAGCAGCUGUAUAAACAAUUUGCUUACAUAUGUGCUACGUCCGCCUACACUUUCGUCUUCACCGCCCUUAUAGCCAAGACCGUGGACGCCAUUCCCGGUCUGAGCCUGCGGUGUACGAAACAAGAAGAGAUUCUUGGUAUGGAUGAAGUCGAGAUUGGAGAGUUCGCCACGGAUUAUAUUGAAAUUCGCCGGGACGUCACAGACAAAACAUUCUUUUUGGAAGAGUUGAAGAAGCGAAAGUCAUUUGUCGUGACGGCCGAAAUGCAUGAGCUGCCAAAACUUUCCUCUAAAAACCCCACGGCAGAACAACAAGCGAAUUAUAGUCCUCACCAGGAUGACUCCAAAUCCAAUUUUUCUUGUCAAAACGAUCCGAACCAAAUCCAAGAGGUCGACAUUGAAAAGCUCAGUCACUAUGUCGUUGCCUGA